ACUAGAAAGAGAAAGAGAAAAAUCAUUCAUUAGUUUCUCUCUCUAAAAUUAAGGAUUUCCAGAGCUUUCUCUCUCUACCCACCUCUCAAAUCAAACCUUUCCAUCUUCCUCAAAAGAUUUCCAGACUCUUUUGAAAAAAGAUUUACUUUUUAGAUCGAUUUUGCAACAGAUUGUAUAGAGAUAGAAAUAGUGGAUUCAGUUUGAUGAGAUAAGGAGAAGAAUGGAUUUCUGGCCGGAAUUUCUAGCUAGUAGUUGGGGAAAGGAAUUUGUCGCCGGUGGGUUUGGUGGGGUCGCCGGAAUUAUCUCCGGUUAUCCACUGGAUACGCUUAGGAUUCAUCAGCAACAUUCUCCCGGCGGCUCUGCUAUUAAAACUCUCCGGAAUAUUGUUGCCGGCGGGAAGGGACCUCUUUCUUUAUAUAGAGGAAUGGCUGCUCCAUUGGCUUCUGUAACGUUUCAGAAUGCAAUGGCCUUCCAAAUCUACGCAAUUCUAUCACGAGCAUUCGAUUCAACAUCACCAACAAUAAACCCAUCUUCAAAUCCCCCAUCCUACAAAGGUGCACUCCUCGGCGGUAUCGGAACCGGCGCCAUUCAAAGUUUAAUGUUAACACCAGUCGAGCUCGUGAAAAUCCGCCUCCAACUCCAAAGCAUAACAUCACAACCCAACUCAGUCACCCUCAAAAGCCAAACUGGUCCCAUAAACAUCGUAAAAUCCAUCUUAAGAACAGAAGGAUUGCGAGGAAUCUACAGAGGAUUCACCAUCACAGUUUUAAGAGAUGCCCCGGCUCAUGGUGCUUACUUUUGGACUUAUGAAUAUGCUAGAGAAUGUCUUCAUCCUGGUUGUAGAAAAACAGGACAGGAGAGUUUUAAAACAAUGCUGAUGGCUGGAGGAUUGGCUGGAGUUGCUAGUUGGGUUUGUUGCUAUCCUCUUGAUGUGAUUAAAACGAGGAUUCAAGCACAACCGAUAAGACAAGAACAACGACAAUAUAGAGGAAUUGUCGAUUGUUUUCGGAAGAGUGUUUGCGAAGAAGGUUAUAGAGUGCUUUGGAGAGGAUUGGGAACUGCUGUUAUGAGAGCUUUUAUUGUUAAUGGAACUGUCUUCACUGCUUAUGAAACUUCUUUAAGGUUCAUCAACAACAACAAUGGUAAUAACAAUUGACUAAUUGGUAAAUUAGUGUAUUUAGAAUUAGAUUUCUAAGAGGAUAUUUGUUUGGGAAUUGAGGUUAUGAGGAAUUUAAAUUGAAUUUGUGAUUAAUUCCUCUAAAUUGAUUGGAAUGUAGAUUUGGAUGUUAAGGAUAUUUGUUAGGUAUAACAUUUUUUAUUUAUUCUAAAUAUGAUUCAUUUAAAUCCAAUUUUGA